AGGGUAGCUAUCGCCAAUAGUACCACCACCUUUAUAUUUCUACAUUAUCGCAAGAGGGACUUAUGGAGAAGCUGCUUGAUUCGGAAUGCCCACUGUUGCGCCUAGCGCAGCGUAGACCCCUUGCAAGCUGAGUUGGUGGUCAAGAGCCUCGAUUCGCAGAGGAAAUGAACGAGCAGAUGUUGCCAGGGAUCGACUAAGGACCAACCAAGCCACGGUACAAAUCGUAGAGGGCCGAAGAAAGCAUGAGAUGUUGGAGACCGAUGAGCAAUGUUACGUUACCGCCGUUUCAACGUCCACAGAAAGACAAGGGCCAUUGCAGCACAGAAACUCAGACGAGAGAACAUACACUAGGGGCAUGCCCGCGGUCUACGACAUCGGGGGUCCCAGGCCACUGGGUCAGCAUGGGCAAACUGAAGGGUACCCUUCGAUUGGUGGAGUUCAUCAAGUAAUCGAUGUAGGGAGCAGACCAAGGGCCGUACAUCCCAGAACAACAGCGAACAGGAUCGUAGAGGAGAGCAGGACGAAGGCAGGACUGCAGCCUCUAUAUUCUCUUAGAGCUCCAAAACCAGAAUCGACACAGGCAACCCCUGGACAACAACAAGGUGGAUGUCUCUUCCAGGUGAAAUCGCCCUGUGGGUCACACUGCCACACAGGCGUACGACCCACACGCAACAAUGUUGACUGGGCAAGCACACCCAUCCCGAUCCGAUCAGGAUUCCACGUCGCAAACCGGAACCCCCCAUCGACUAAACCUACCACAGGUUUAAAUCGCUGGACCGAAAAGCCCUCAGCAGACUGAUCCAGUUCCGCACCGGCCACGCACACCUGGGAGAAUACUACCACCGGUUCCGUAUCCACACAGA